UUCCAAAGAGGAGAACGUCACAUCCCCUUGACCCUCCAAUCACCUCAGGGUCCCAUUUGAUUGGAAGGCGGCAAAGGCUUUAAUCUCGGACUAAUUCAGCUGCUUUUGAAGUGAAAAUUCCUACCAGUUCGUACUUCGGGAGUACAGAGCGAGGACCUGCACAAAAACAAGGCGCAGCGCUCAUGGUGCAAGACGCAGCCUCGGAUCUGCGAUAACCUCGCACGGUCUCCUUCCUGCUGCCGCGCCUUCAGCCUCUCUCCUACCAGGAUUACGCACCAUCAGAAGAGAUUUUGCGAACAUUUUUUACUUUCCUCCACUGAAAAGAGACUCGCUGCUUCCUUCUUGGUUUUCUUAAUGAAUGCGUUAAAAGCGUCACCAUUUCAUUUCCUGACAAUUGGGACAUGAUCACAUCGCCCUCGGCGUCUGCCCUGAAAAAUAGUGAUAUUUGUGUCGCGUGGGAAAACAGCAGUUCUCGGAAUAGCAGCUCGGCGAGCAUCAACAAGCCUUUUCUUCACUCCGCACCUCCGUCUGACCCAUUACGGCAAGCAAACCGAAUCCCCAUCAAGGUUUUGAAAAUGCUUACUGCACGAUCGGGACACAUUUUGCACCCGGAGUAUCUGCAGCCUUUACCUUCUACUCCAGUUAGUCCCAUAGAGCUUGACGCCAAGAAAAGUCCGCUCGCUCUGCUGGCGCAGACCUGCUCUCAGAUCGGCAAACCGGACCCACCACCUUCUUCCAAAUUAUCCUCCGUGACACCAAAUGGAUCUAGCGAGAAGGAAUCUAAAUCGGGUCCUUUAAAACUGAGCGACAUCGGCGUGGAUGACAAAUCGAGCUUCAAACCUUAUUCUAAACCCUCUGAUAAGAAGGACUCGUCUUCGAGCGGCGAGAAGUCUGGUUUCCGAGUGCCGAGCGCCACCUGCCAGCCGUUCACACCGCGGACAGGCAGCCCCAACUCCAGCACCUCUGCCUCUCCCAUGCCAUCGGAGGGGAAAUGUGGGGAGAGGGAUGAAAAGAAAGAUUCUGACUGUAACAAAAACGGCACCACGGACGGCUCUGGCACCACGAGCCACAGCAGGAUAAGCGUGAGUUGCGGUGGAAUUAACGUAGAGGUCAACCAGCACCAGGAGACGACGUCUGGCGCAAAAUCCACCCCCUCCUCCGAGUCUGUAACUUCUGUAUCCUCCGCGUCCGUUCUCGGGUCAGGACUCGUGGCGCCGGUUUCUCCCUAUAAGCCUGGACAGACUGUGUUCCCUUUGCCUCCUGCUGGUAUGACCUACCCAGGCAGUCUGGCUGGGGCCUAUGCUGGGUACCCCCAACACUUCCUGCCCCACGGAGGGAGCUUGGUGAACGCACAGCUGGCUAGUUCCCUGGGCUGCAGUAAGGCUGGAUCCAGCCCCCUGGCCGGUGCUUCUCCUCCGUCCAUCAUGUCAGCCAGCCUGUGCAGAGAUCCUUACUGCCUCAGUUACCACUGUGCCAGCCACUUAGCGGGUGCAGCCGGUGCUUCGUGCACGCAUGACUCUGCAGCUGCAGCCGCCGCAAACGCGCUCAAGUCCAGUUACCCACUAAUGUACCCGGCGCACCCUAUGCACGGCGUUCACUCCUCAGCGCCGUCAUUCAGCGGACACCCCCUGUACCCUUAUGGUUUCAUGCUCCCCAAUGACCCUCUCCCCCAUGUUUGUAAUUGGGUGUCGGCAAAUGGACCGUGCGACAAGCGUUUCUCCACCUCAGAGGAGCUCCUGAAUCACCUGAGGACACACACAGCUUUUACCGGAGCUGAGAAGCUGAUAUCUGGCUACCCCGGCUCGUCAUCACUGGCCAGCGCUGCAGCAGCGGCCAUGGCCUGCCAUAUGCACAUGCCACCGUCAGGAGCCCCAGGCAGUCCCGGAACUUUGGCUCUAAGGAGCCCACAUCACGCGUUAGGACUCAGCAGCCGCUACCACCCCUACUCCAAAAGUCCCUUGCCCACCCCUGGUGCUCCUGUCCCUGUCCCCGCAGCCACCGGCCCCUACUACUCCCCGUACGCACUGUAUGGGCAGAGACUCACCACAGCCUCUGCGCUGGGAUACCAGUGAGGAUGGGAGAAAAUGACUUUGAAAAGUUUAUAGAACUAAGAAUGCAAAUAUAAAAUCUUUUAUAUAAACUGCGCUAAACUUAUGGACGGGAUCCGUGGACUUGAACUGUAUUUAUUUAUAUGUCGGCUUAAAGCAGGCGGUAACAGCUGCAUAUGGAAAAUAUCUGAGCAACUCAAAAAGUGCAUUAUGUUGAAUCUAAACUCUAUAGGUAAAGUGAACACACACACACACACACACACACACACACACACACACACACACACACACACACACACACACACACACACACACACACACACGUUAGAACACCGAAUAAGGUAGGGAUCUUCAUUUCGAUGUUCAUUUGAAAAUUGCUAUGAUUGUAUUUGUUCUUAUUUAAUGUCUCAUUGAGAAAAUUAAUUUACAUGCAUGUCUGUUUCUUAAAUUUCAAAAGAACUGUCCACAUUUUAAAAAAUGCCGUUAUUUUUCAGGUGAUGGAAAGAGAAUUGGUAUUUUUUUGUAUGUAUUCUGGAAAUCAAUAAGAAGCAAUUCUGUUCCGUA